AUGGAUGCAAAAAGUGUCUCUCCACUCUGGUACAAAAGGGUGAUAACUCAGGGCAAGGUCAGGAGAAGGGUGCAGGACUUGAGGAUACCAUCUUCGCCUAGUUUGGAUUUUCUGACCAGCAGACCAUUGGACCUGAGCCACAAUGAAAGCGCUCGGCUGGCAGCAGACUCUCUCCUCUCGGGGGGACUGAGGGGAUACCAAGAGGUGCUAACAACAGAGGGAGAGGUGGACUUCCUGUCAGAGCACGAAAAGAAAUACUUUUUGGAAAAUGGAAAAAACAGCAACAUGGAUGCUGGACCAGAUGCUGGUGAUGGCAGUGACACUGGGUCUGAAAACCUAUGCAGCUCUUACUCAGCUAUACCGUGUCCCACAGUGUCCAAAAACAGUGAUUCCACUGAAGCUUGUUUAAACUCCAACGAAGAUGGGAAUGAUAGUUCUUUCUCUAAGGAGUCCAAUGUGGAAGUGUAUUUGUACACUGAGAACAGAGCUGCUGGGCUGAAAGACAUGGUCAGAGAGUUCAUCAGAAAAGCCGAAAAGACACUGGCCAUAGUGACAGACCACUUCACUGAUGUGGAGCUGUUGUGUGACUUGCUUGAGGCAAGUAAGAAGAGAUUUGUCUCAGUUCAUCUCCUUUUGGACCAUUUAAACCUGAGCAUUUUCAGAAAUAUGUGGCAGGAGCUCAAACUCCAAGGCAAGGACUUUCCUAAAUUCUCAGUACACAGCGUUGAGGGACAAACCUACUGUGCCAAGACAGGUAGGAAGCUGAGUGGGCAAAUAUCAGAAACUUUUAUCAUCACUGACUCAGCAGAGGCUCUGGCUGGAUCCUUUAGUUUCUCCUGUCUCUCCUGGAUGGUCCAUCGAAGUCUGGCUUUCAGUGCUAAAGGCAGCUCUGUCACAUAUUUCCUUGAGGAGUUUGAAGACUCUCCUCUUGUUCAAUACCAGUGACUGGAUUCAUCAAUGUGUCCCUCUUACCUCCAUUUAAAACAAGUUUAUAUAAAAAUGAAGAACAACCAAAGGUCAGACCAAACACGGACAUGGAUCGCAUCGGGAACUGGAUUGAAGAUGGUUUAAACAGUCACAAAACGGAAAGGACACAAACUAACGUUUUCUCAGCUCAAUAUUUAAUACCUUUUAGGCAACCAGUGAUGCAGCAUGUGUGUAUGCACAAGUUUACACACCCAACACUAGGGGGGGUCCCAGUACAAGAUCAUUCUAAAAACAAAGGAAAUGUUUUGCAUGGAGAACACACUCAAACAAAAUCCAAAUUUCAAAAUAAUCUUGCUCCAUGCGCACAAAAUAGCCUUAAUCCUAGGAUAACAGGGACAACCCGUCCAAAAUCUACCCUGCUUGCUCACAGACAGGACAAAGCUAUUGGUUCCAGCACCCAGAAUAAGGACCUAAAUAAGGGUCUCUAUAGUUUUAAAUGUGAAGAUUAUUGGACUCAGAGACAAAACAGGGCCAGUAUUACACCUACUAGUAUUGCUGCAGGCAUCAACAAACACAAAAGAGAACGCAACACUUCACAACCCAAAUCAAGUAACACUGAUAAUUCAAAGGUCAUGCAGCCUUUCAUGUCACAAGUAAGGGACGUAAAGCAGCAUGUUCAGUCUGCCUUAAAUGGUGCUUGGGGGGCAACAUAUGAGUUACAAACUAAAGUAAUGUCCAAUGGGAUCAAGACACACGACCAGCCCUUGCCACAUCACAUUCUCAGGCCUCAAACACAGACACGAUCCCCAACCACCAGCAUUUCAACGGAACCAAAAGAGUCCAAGCUGUUCUCGCCAACUCUAACAAUAGGAAGACGUGCACUAGAGCCAAAAGCCCCUCAGCAGGUGAAACCACCUUCAAGAAUGGCCUGGAUGAUUCAAAAUAACACCAUGAGAGAAGGAACAGUGCCGCGACAAAACUCAUUUAACUCUUAUGACACAGUUCAACAGAUGGAUGGACACAUUAACAGGAUGCAGUUUCACAGAGCCUCAGCAAAACCUUUAACAAGGAGCAAAAGCAUGAUUGAGAGAGCAGAAACACGAACAAAUUUAAAGUAACAGCAUUUUAGUUUGCAUGAUUUUCUUCAAAAGAUGCAAUGCAGAUGAAUAUGCAGAUGGAUUUAUUUACAUAUUUUAUAAAGUACAUUAUCAAGUA